AUGUCCAUUGCCGGUUAUUUCGGGCUGGACAUCUACGUCCUCAGCCUUGUAGGCAUCAACGAUGGGCGACUCAGUGCCUUGUUCGCCGAGCUUCCCCAAAGCUGUGUCGUUCUGCUCGAGGACGUUGACGCAGUCGGCACAACACGAUCCCGAGACGCCGACACCGAUGAGUCUGACUCGGGUUCAGAAGUGUCACGGAGCUCAUCAAAGCCAUCUGGAACUCUUUCAUUGUCUGGCCUUCUCAACGUUCUCGACGGCGUUGCUUCUCAAGAGGGACGCGUUCUCAUCACGACGACAAACCACAUAGAGCACCUGGACGACGCCCUGAUACGGCCUGGCCGCGCCGACAAGAAAAUCGAGUUCCAACUUGCCGACGCUGAUGUGAUUAGAAAGCUAUUCUGCACUGUUUUCGAGCUGUCGGAAGAGGAGCUGUCUGAUGCGGAGACUCAAGACAAGAGCAAUGAGGAAGUUCGGCAGUUAGCAGCUCAGUUUGUGGCCGUUGUACCGGAGCUGGAGUUUAGCCCUGCAGACAUUCUUUCGUUCCUUCUCGCGAACAGGGACUCUCCAUCAAGUGCUUUGGCCGACGCGGAAGGACAUCUCGGACUACUGCGACUCGCACAAGAACGACAUGUGGCAUGGACAGCUUCUUCAUUUAUACUCCCCUUCAAGCUGCCAGAAGAAGCCAACAGCGUGAGCCACUUCGUGGCUAGACAUGAAGAACUUGGACGUCUCUAUAACGAACUGAAGUCGACUAGUGAGCGUCGGACGGUUAUUCUGCACGGCCUGGGUGGCAUUGGGAAGACUCAGACGACAAUCGCAUUCGCAAAGAAGCAUCGCGAUGAUUACUCGGCGGUUUUUUGGCUUGAUGCGAGAGACACGACAGCGCUUAAGCUGAGCUACCAAAGCCUAGCCCAGCGAAUUGCAACAGAGACCUCGUCCGUGACAUAUAUCAAAAACGCCCUUUCUAAUCGAGACCUCAAUGAGACAGUCAGUGCAGUCAAGCGAUGGUUAGAUGAACCAAAGAACAAUCGUUGGCUGAUGAUCUACGACAACUACGAUGACGUCAAACUUCAUACUCGUCGUAGUCCUAGUGAGAAUGGGACUGGUUUGCAAGUAGGGAAUAAGAAUAAUGCUGGCGAGACAGGCUCAAAAGCGUACGACAUACGCCCUUUUUUCCCUAAUACAGAACACGGCGCUAUCCUCAUUACAACACGCUCGUCAUCUGUGAAGCUUGGACAGCGCGUCCAGCUUGGGAAGCUAGCCGACCUCGAGGACAGUCUGGCUAUCCUGGCGUCUACAUCUGGCCGCGCUGAUCUUAGCAAAGAUCCCGACGCCACAGUACUUGCAAAGAAGCUUGAUGGCCUUCCACUCGCCCUCGCAACAGCUGGGGCUUACCUAGACCAAGUAGCAACCAGCUGCAGGGAGUAUCUUGAGAUGUAUGAAAAAGCAUGGUUACAUCUCCAGGAAGAGAGUCCAGGAUUGACGGAGUACGAUUAUACAUUAUACACCACGUGGGAUAUCUCACUCCGUCAUAUCCGGCUGCAAAACCAGAAUGCCGCCGACCUGCUCCGACUUUAG